UGGCAUUUUCCUUCAAAGCGACACACUUCUCCAGCUUCUCACUCAGGAGUCAAAACACAGCGAAUAUUGCGCAUUUAAAGCCUGCCUUGUAUUUUCUCUUUAAACCUUCGACAUGAAACACAAUUCGAACGUCCCAGCUUUCCUCACCAAGCUGUGGACUCUGGUCGAGGAUGCAGACACCAAUGAAUGUAUUUGCUGGAGUCAGGAGGGCAACAGCUUCUUGGUGUUGGAUGAGCAGCGUUUCGCCAAGGAGAUCCUCCCCAAGUUCUUCAAGCACAACAACAUGGCCAGCUUCAUCAGACAGCUCAAUAUGUAUGGAUUCCGUAAAGUGAUGCACAUUGACACAGGCAUUGUGAAACAGGAGAGAGACGGUCCAGUGGAAUUUCAGCACCCCUACUUCAAACAUGGCCAGGAUGACUUGCUGGAGAACAUAAAGAGGAAGGUCUCCAACACCCGGCCAGAGGACAAUAAGAUACGACAGGAAGACCUGACCAAGAUCUUAGCAAGUGUUCAGAGUGUUCACAGCAAGCAGGAGAGCAUCGAUGUCAGGCUGGCAACACUGAAGAGAGAGAAUGAAGCACUGUGGAGGGAGAUCUCCGAUCUGAGACAGAAACACGCCCAGCAACAGCAACUCAUCAAGAAGUUGAUACAUUUCAUCGUCACAUUGGUACAGAACAAUCGCAUCCUGAAUUUAAAACGUAAAAGGCCAAUUCUUAUGAACAGCAAUGGAAAGAAGUCCAAAUUCAUUCAUCAGCUCUAUGAUGACAAAGUGUGCAUGGAACAGCCAUCUGUCAACAGUCUGAAUGGUGUGAAGGGUUCAGAGAUAUCAGAUGACGUUAUCAUCUGUGACCUGACGGAGAGUGAAGCUGAGCUGUCUGCUGAGGUCACAGAGGAGUCACCCAGAGCCUAUGAGCAGAGUGAUGUAGAAAUCGUGGAAGUAGAGCUGGACAGUUGCACAGGUCUGACAGGCGAGACGGAGGCGAGCACCACCUGCACAGACGACACCAAACAGACAGAGGGCGCCGUGUCAGCGACGGCAGAGGAGCAGAGGAGCAGCACUUCAGACAGCAGCGGACCAAACAGUAGCACACCGAACAGUAGCGCCCUGCAGCUCAAUAAACCAUCAGGCCUCAGUCUGGAAGACCCUGUCAAAAUGAUGGACUCCAUACUGAAUGAGAAUGGAGCGAUAUCACAGAACAUCAACCUGCUUGGCAAGAUGGAGCUGAUGGACUAUCUGGACAGUAUUGAUUGCAGUCUGGAGGACUUCCAGGCCAUGCUUUAUGGAAAACAGUUUGGCUUGGAUUUUGAUGCCCUAGAGGAGAGUGUGUCAUCCAAAGAGAACACAGCACAGCUGAACAGAGGGAGGACAGAGGGAGGUAACACAGCUAAGCAGUUGAUCCAGUACACCACCUGCCCCCUGCUGUCCUUCUUCGAUGGCUGCACCCCUCCCUCAGAGCUGGACUUGGGCGGCAGCAGCAGCAGCAGCAGCACCGGCGCCUCCAACCCCCUCCUCCAGUCAUCCUCCAGCUCUGGCACCUGCGUGGACGCCGAGCCACCCGCGGAGCUGCUGGACACCGGCCUGGAGCUGAAGCAGCCGGGCCGUAGCUCCCUGAUCCGCCUCGAGCCUCUGACGGAGGCCGAGGCCAGCGAGGAGACCCUCUUCUAUCUGUGUGAACUGAGUCCCAGCGGCCCCGACAUCGACUCCUCCCUGCUAGACCGACUGUGAGCAGCAGAUGCUGAUGCUGAUCCCACUGAUGUUGGCUCGCCACAGACUACAACCCCUCUCUCCUCAAGACAGUACUGACAGUUUGUCAAUACACCCCCCCCCCCCCCCCC